GAUCUCAGACAGUUGUCUACACUAUACUCGCAACACUGGUUGACCACAGCUUAUGUGUAAGCAUUGAACAAAACAUUCGAUUACAGUCUGUAGCAACGUACAGAGAAAAAUACGCAGGACUUCCCCAUAUUAUACGUAUGUUUCACGAUUUUACGAUAAAUAGUUUCGACGUUGAUGGCAUGGCACCAGAUCCGCAUAUUGCUUGCAACCUUGAAAAACCGUGUAGUAUCCGAUUAUCUACAGAAAAUUGUUAUUUCCAUCUAAAACUAUCGUGACCGGGAGUGCAUUAACAUUGUCCGUAGGAAGUGAUCUAUCCUACAUCAGUUAGCAGAACAGGCACAAGAGAGUCUUUUGCAGCAUCAGCGAUUCCUGUCUGACGGAUGCGAGAUACGACUGCGCCAAAAUGGAAGAACCAAAGAAAGAGAAUAAGCAUUUGGACCACUACUAUGAGGACAGUGAAAUAGACACGUAUUUCUCGAAUAAUAAGGUCAAGAUUCCGGUGACUGAGAAGGUAUGUUGAAAUAGUUGGUUGUCAAUGUAUCUAAUACAUAGGUCAUGUACUCUAGUGUCAGACUAGUUCAUAAGAAAGUCAGGUUUGGUAUCCAGUCAACCCAACAAAUUCACAUUUUCUAGAAGGAGUCAGUCAAGGAUUUGUUUGUCUUUUAAUUCUCAUAGUCUAUAGUGAGGAUCAAAGUGCACUUGAGAUAAUAUUUUAAAAAAAUGCCAGUGCUUGCAGGUAAUUGUGGUGUUAGACGAUAUCAGGACAACCAUGUUUUCUUACAUAAUCUGCAAAGAUCGGCACAGGCCUAAUGAAGGUAAAUGUUUCCACCGAGCGGCUUCAACUUCCGCAAACUAUGGGCGUUCACAGGACCUGGGUUUCUAAUGUCUAUCGCUUACUUAGAUCCUGGAAAUAUAGAAAGCGAUCUGCAAUCAGGAACGGUAGGUAACUACAGACUAUUGUGGGUGUUAUUCGGUGCUACAGUCCUUGGGUUCAUAAUGCAAUCGUUGGCCACGAAGCUAGGUGAGUACUAGUCUUUCAUCCAUUUAUACGUUGAUUUAGAUUUUCCCACCGGAAGUUGGUAAAACUCCUUAUAACCUGCGCGCAAGGGUUGUCCUGCGGGUUUUGGAUUUAUUGUAACAUACCUCAAGAUAUUCUUCUGUCUAGUAGUUAUUUUUUUGAGGUAAAUAGAUAAAAUUCUUCUUAUUAUUAACAUAAUUGAAAAUCUCAUAAAUUUAUGCAUUCCACGAUUUCGUUAAUGAGAUAUUAGUUCUUUUUUUCCAUGCCACUAAUGAGGAACUAUAGCAAUCGCGAAAAUUUUCCAAAAUAUGCUUGGAUAUUAGAUGACAUGUACAUGUAGAAAAUGAAAUACCACAUCAUUCAGUUCAGUUACUACUUUGGCCAAGAAAAAAAAUUAUUAGUUUUUGAAAAUAUAUCGAGUGGCGGCGGAGCUAGAGGCAGAUUUCCAGAUCGGCUUAAAAUCGAUGAUAAUAGAAUUUUUGUGGACUAAGAUUUGUCUAAAUAUCUUCAAAUAUGGCGGAGCCGCUAGCCGUAUCUUUUCAGACAUUUGACCAAAUAAUAUAUAAACAAUUGACAAUAUAUGAAUUAUGACAUCAAACUUCUUAUCUUUAGAAGCUCCAUUCAAAUAUGCAAUAAAAUACAGGGUGUUCUAUUUAAAAAAAAUAUGUUUGCUAUGGCACGAAAUUACAGCUCAUAAAACUAUUUUCUGGUUUCGUUGGGACACACUGUAUAUAUGCUGGCUUUAAUGAUGAAAAUUGUUGCAUACGGAAUGCUAUUAACAACGAAGGUUGUAUAACCAGCCGAAUUUGCACUUGUUGACAAUUGGUGAAAAUUUAUAGUAUGUGGAAAUCCAGAUUAGAACCAUACUUAUCACAUUUAUAUUUUUCUAGGUGUAGUAACAGGGUUGCAUUUAGCCGAAAUGUGCCAUAGGCAAUACAAAAGAAUACCUAGAUUGAUAUUAUGGGUGAUGGUGGAGAUAGCAGUAAUUGGCUCUGAUAUGCAAGAGGUCAUUGGGACUGCUAUAGCAAUAUAUCUGCUAUCAAAUAAAAUUGUACCCCUGUGGGCCGGCUGUUUGAUAACAAUAAUAGAUACUUUCACAUUUCUCUUCUUGGAUAAGUAUGGACUGAGAAAAUUAGAAAUGUUUUUUGGGCUCUUGAUAACUGUAAUGGGGAUCACCUUUGGUUAUGAGUAUGUUGUCUCAGGACCAAACUCUAUGGACGUCGUAAAGGGACUUUUCAUACCGAUGUGCAAAGACUGCGACUCUAAGGUACUUCUCCAAGCAGUUGGUGUAAUUGGAGCAGUAAUUAUGCCGCACAAUCUGUAUCUCCACUCUGCCCUAGUGAAAAGUAGAGAUAUUGAUCGAAAAAAUCCAGAAAGGUUGAAAGAAGCCAACAUGUAUUAUUACAUUGAGAGUGCAAUCGCCUUAAUUUGCAGUCUAAUAAUUAAUAUCUUCGUUGUAUCAGUAUUUGCCUUCGGCUUAUUCCAGAAAACGAAUGGAGACAUCGUAAGUAUCAUCGAAUCAGGUGUUGAAUAUUUAAUUGCCUUUCAGAGUGAACAGCUGAAUGAAUAUGUUGAUGCCGACAUAUACAAAGGAGGCAUAUUCCUAGGAUGUGCUUAUGGUGUUGCCGCCUUGUACAUCUGGGCAGUUGGAAUAUUAGCAGCCGGGCAAAGCUCCACGAUGACCGGGACAUACGCUGGACAAUUUGCUAUGGAAGGAUUCCUUAAUCUAAGAUGGUCAAAAUGGAAGAGGGUCCUUUUUACAAGAAGCUUAGCAAUGGUGCCAACUUUUUGUACAGCGUUCUUCAGCAAUUUAUCUGAUUUGACAAGCCUAAAUGACUACCUGAAUGCUGUGAUGAGCUUGCAACUACCGUUCGCCCUCAUUCCCACCAUUGCUUUCACUAGCAAUCCAAAAAUCAUGGGAUCUUUCACAAAUGGCAUAAUAAUAAAGAUCAUCUCUCUAAUGCUGAGUGUAGUGAUAGUAGUCAUCAACAUCUACUUCGUGGUGGAAAAGCUGUUGAACCUGUCGCUACAGUUAUACAUCGUAUCAAUUAUAUACAUACUGGCCGUCUGCUACUUCAUUUUCAUCAUGUAUUUGGUGAUUCAUUUGUACAUUGCGAUGGGGGGGACCUGGAUGAGUGAUCACCCCGCUAUUGCCAAGUUCGUGAUCGUACCCCUGGGGCAGCAGAUCAUAGAUACAGAAAAGAAAGAGCAGAACGGAGUGUGAUUUUUAUGUGUAAUACCUGUUAAUUCAUUGUUUUUAUUUUAUGUAGAUAAGACGAUUUUGAAUAAAAUAAAUUUUAAUACUUUUGAAAUAAUA